AUGUUUAAAUCUAACAUAUUGACUCGAAUUUGCCAAACUGGAUGCAAGCAAUUCAAGCGCUCCCAAUUUGUACCUUUCGCGAAGCCCACCAAUGCAAUUCAAAUCAGACCUUAUGCUUCCUACCGUCGUUUCAAUAAUUCUCAAUCAUCAACUAACAUCUACGAAUACUACUUGCUGCUACUUACGAGCAGAAAGGCAUUGUACAUAGGCGGAGGUCUCUUGGGCUUUUAUCUUUUCAAUCUCCAUGAGGCACCUUUUACUCAUAGACUUCGAUUUAUUUGGAUCCCAUUUUGGAUCGAGACAAAGAUUGGUGACUAUAGUUACAGACAAAUAAUGUCCCAAUAUGGUUCUAUGAUCUUACCUCAUCUGAACCCACUUUAUGGAAGGAUAUCCAGUAUCAUGAAUAAGUUACUUGCAACGGCAAUAGCCAAUAACGAAGACCAGACCCAGAAGAGACAUUUGAAGGAAUUACAUUGGGAGAUUAACAUAAUUCAAAACGACUCGUUACCACCAAAUGCUUUCAUUUUGCCUAACGGAAAGAUCUUUAUAUUUAGUUCGAUCUUGCCUAUUUGUGAGAAUGACGAUGGAUUGGCAACAGUCUUAUCCCACGAAUUGUCACAUCAAUUGGCUCAACACUCAAGCGAACAAUUGAGCUCACAGCCAUUUUAUAUGUUUUUGUCGGCAGUGUUAUACUCAAUGACGGGUGUUUCAUGGUUCAAUGAUUUGCUUAUCAAUGGUCUCUUUACAAUGCCCGCCAGUAGGGAGAUGGAAACAGAGGCCGAUCAUAUUGGAUGUGAAAUAUUGGCCAAAAGUUGUUUUAAUCCUGAUCAGUCUGUUAAGUUCUGGGAAAGGAUGGGAAGAGAAGAACAAAACUUGACCAGAAAAAUGGGUGGAAGUGCUACAAACUCGAUUUUGGGGCAAUGGUUUUCUACCCAUCCAGCCACUACAAAGAGAAUUCAUGACAUUGAAGAAUGGUUGCCAAAGUUGAGAGAGAUGAGAGAAAGUAGUGGCUGCUAUGAUUAUGGUAAAUUCCAUGACUUUAGUGCCAAUUACUUCAAGAGACAGUAG